AUGAAGAUACCUAAGAUCAAGGAUAUUCAGAGCCUUACCGGGCGUGUCGCAAGCCUGACUAAAUUCAUCUCCAAAGUUACUGAUCGCUGCACCCCAUUCUUCAAGGUACUUAAGGAUAGCAAACGAAGCAUUACCUGGACUGCCGAGUGUGACAAGGCCUUCAGCGAGCUCAAGGAGUAUAUGAGCUGGGCCCCUUUAUUGUCAACCCCUAAGCCUGGAGACAUCCUCAUGAUUUAUCUCUCCGUCUCGGCUAUGGCGGUUAGCUUUGUGCUCAUCCUGCCAAGGGAAAGUGUUGAGCACCCAGUGCAUUAUGUUAGCAAAGCGUUACAAGAUGCCGAGGUUCGGUACCCAGACAUUGAGAAGCUGGCCUUCGCACUAGUAGUCUCGGCUAGACGCCUCAGACCAUACUUCCAAGCUCACACCAUCUAUGUCUUAACCGACCAACCGCUCAGGCAAGUGUUGCAGAAGCCAGAGACUUCUGGGAGGUUGGUUAAGUGGGCCAUUGAGCUGGGUGAAUUUGAUAUCCACUACAAACCCUACCCAGCUAUAAAGGGCCAGGCUGUUGCUGACUUCAUAUCAGAAUUCAAAGAACCCCAGGCUUUGGCCGCUAUCCAGAUCAUAACCGAACCCAAUCUUCCUUUGGGCCAGCUCCACGUCGCCAGCAAUGAAAAACUAGACCUGACCCAGCCCUUGUGGACCUUAUAUAUGGAUGGCUCAUCCAAUGCCCAAGGAUGUAGGGCCAGCCUCGUUCUCAUCUCCCCAGACAAGGACUUCACAGCCAAGGACAUCUCUCUGAUAGCCUACCUCCAGCAUACCCACCAUUUGCUUGCAACAUUCGACGCUCAUCUUAUAAGCCAAGUACCACGCUCUGAGAACAGCCAUGCUGAUGCAUUAGCCAGGCUAGCCUGGGCCUUGGAGCAGGGCAUAGGUCGCAACAUCCACAUCGAGUUCUUGGACCAACGCAGCACACAAGCACCGCUCAUCUAUACCAUUGAUCACAGCCCUACGUGGAUGGACCCCAUCAUUCAGUUUUUACAGAACCAGACACUACCUGCCGGCCUUGCUGAAGCACGGCGUGUUGGCUAUCGCUCCGCCCCAUACCUGAUCAUCAAUGACUGCCUAUACAAGCCUGGCUUCAGCCUCCCCUACCUUCGGUGUCUGACCCCAGAAGAAGGUAAUUAUGUCCUCUGGGAAAUCUAUGAAGGCAUCUGCGACAAUCACUCAAGCGCUCGGUCACUAGCACAUAAACCCAUUAGGCAAGGAUACUUCUGGCCCUCACUUCACACUGAUGCCCAGGCCUUCACCCAGAAGUGCGAUAAGUUUGUGGCUGUCGACUAUUUCACCAAAUGGGCUGAAGUCGAAGCCUUAGCCACCAUCACUGCAGCCCGCAUCGAAACUUUUGUUUGGCAAAAUAUCGUAUGUCGCUUUGGCAUCCCCCACACCAUCGUCACUGACAAUGGCCGGCAAUUUGACAAUGCAAAGUUCAAACAAUUUUGUUCAAACCUCAAGAUCCGUCUUUGCUUCACCUCCCCAGCCCAUCCUCAGUCCAAUGGCCAGGUUGAAGCUGUGAACAAGAUCAUUAAGAAAACUCUAAAGACCAAGCUUGACCAAGCUAAGGCCGUGGCACCAGUGGAGAUUGGAAAGCCCACAUACCGAACCUCCACUUAUGAUGCCAAAGCCAAUGAUGAGCAGUUAGCCCUGAACCUCGACUACAUUGACGAGCUUCGUGACCAAUCCAACAUGUGCAACGUCGCGAUUGGGGACUGGAUCAUGCGCAAGGUUUCAUUGGCCACCAAGAACCCUACUGAAGGUACCUUGGGCCCUACAUGGGAAGGUCCAUAUGAGAUUACCAAAGUUUACCGCUCCAGCACUUAUCAGCUUCGUGAUCCCAAGGGCAAGACUUUGCCUCAUCCUUGGAACGCUGAUCACCUCAAGUAUUACUAUAAGUAA